CAAAAGCAUGCCGACACUGCCGUCCCAAAGCCGAGGAACUCCAGAAGCUUGCCCAAGUGGGAAGCGGAAAGGGGGUCACGAUGCCAAGGUGAAAUGGCUCGGAGGGCACACAGACUGCCGAACGAAACAUGGAAUGAUGAGCUGCAGGCCAGUGACUGCUUCCCAAAUGCGAUGAGAAACCUAGCAAACAUGACCAAAUUAGAAGUACGAAGCAUUACCGUGAAGGGCUUUGCGAACUCCCUAAUGAGAUGUUGCGUCCAUUCAACUUCACAUUUGACCCACCAUCUUUUGGUCCCAACAAUGGAUGAUCUUCUUCAAGCCUCGACGACGGUUGGGCUGGAUGCAGACGCUGUCCUUGAAUUACUUCUACUGCCGCUCUUCGACUGCAUUAGUUCACAAGCACACAUCAUCAGUCUCGUCCAGAACAGUAAUAAUAGAGUGGCAGAGGACCGGGAUAGCCCGGAACAGCUGAUGCGAUACUACUACAAAGGUUGUUCUGUCCACCAUGGCCAUGAAUUCAGCAGCAGGGCUCAUGAUGAUUGCCAUUGAAGGGAGAUCAUAUCGAACGAAUGAAGCCACAACCUGCCCACUGCCCUUCUGCCCAGUUGUCAAGGUGGGUGUUAAUGGCAUUGUGCGUUUCCCUCUUUGCGCCUUUUUCCACACACCUGUCCUUGACACACCCCUG